AUGGUCCACAGAAAGCAACCGGGCGGCGCUCUUCUUUCAGAAGAAGGAACUUCCAGCGCAGCUCUGUCUUCUCCACCCAAGAGACGGAGCCGCGCUUCCUUCAAAGCUACCAAGCUGCCUUAUUCGUUGUCCCAGCUGAUCCUUCAGGCCGUCGAGACCUGCAGCGCGCGCAAAGGACUCUCUUUGGCCGCUCUCAAGAAGCACCUCGCCGAGACGGGUUACAACGUGCACAAAAACAACAGCCGCCUCAAAAGGGAGCUGACCAACUUGGUCUCCCAUGGCUUGUUGACCCGCGUUUCUGGCACCACCGGCGCCACGGGCUCUUUCAAGCGCAGCCGUCCGAGGAAAAAAACGGGCAAACCCGAGCCGGAGAAGAAAAAGGCCGUAGUGGCCAAGAAGUCACCGAGGGCCAACAAAGAGCCGCACAAGCAGCAGCAGCAACCGGUUAACAAGCCGAAAAAUCUGCACCGGCAAAGCACAGCCAAUGCUGGGGGGAAAAAGAAUCAGCUUAAGAACCACCCAGCAGGAUCAAACAGGAACGUUCCAGCAAAGGGAGCAAGAAGGAAGUCAACACCCAGGCUGGAUUUCACUGUCAAGUAUCCCUCCGCUGGCACCGCCGCUUUCAAGUUUCUUCGGCACAGCGUGAAAGCCGAAGCUGCUCCGAGUGAUGCCCAAUGA